CCUAGAGCCUAACUCAGUCUCAAUCCAGGCUUCGGACCCCACGGUACCUAGGGCUUUUAGAGCUUAAAACCGCAGCUUCCUACAUUUUUCAAACCCGUUUAUUAAAAUACAAGUGGUAAAAAAUGUUGAUAAGGGCUGGUUUAGUGGAAACUCACCCGAUUUUCAAGGUGUACCCUGGUCAAGUGGAUGCUAUCAGGGAGGCAUUUGGCUUCAAGGAUGCCAAGAGCCUGGAUGAUGCUGUCGAUGUACUGGAGACAUGGGUGAAGCAGCAAAACCACUUUUUGGUGAAAGACUUGGGCCGCACCUACCUGGAGUCCUACAUAAUAAUGGCGAAGGGUUCCAUAGAGAAAGCGAAGAAACGGUUGGACAAGCGCUGCACCCUACGGAACAUGAUGCCAGAGCUGUUCACCAACAUACGGGUGGACACCGAGUUCAAUAAACUCUUCAACAGCUACCAGCACGCGUCCAUGCCGAUGCCGACUAAGGACUACUACCGCAUCACGGUGGACCGGUACGCGGGCGACGUGGAGAGCUUCGACCAUCUGCAGUACGCAAGAUACCUGCAUGUGUGCGCAGAAUACAGCAUGGUGAACGAGCUGAUCGUGGGGCUGGAGAGCAUCAUCGACCUGCAGGAGGUGGCGCUCACCGACAUGAUGAGGAAGUUCAACCUCGUGCUGCUGCAGAAGACCAUGAUCAUGCUUAUUGAAGGAUACGGCGCCAAGCUGAAGGCGAUCCACAUCAUCAACUCGUCCAAGUUCGUGGAGAACAUCGUGGCCAUGCUCAAGGCCGGCCUUAGCGAGAAGAUCAAGAACCGCCUCCACGUGCACAGCACCCCGGAGACACUGCACAAGUUCAUAGCUAAGGAGAGCCUGCCUUCCGAUUACGGCGGCACUGGACCCUCGAUUAGUGAAUGCCACGACAUGUUCUUCAAGGAACUCUGCACGGACCACUUCAAGCAACGUUUGAAGCAAGUCGAGCACUUCCAGACAGACGAGACCAGACGGGUCACCUCUAAAUUCAACGAUGAGUACAUGGGCAUGCCUGGCUCCUUCAGGACGCUCAGCGUUGACUAACAUUAGGAAAGCAUGUCAAACUAUUUAUUACUUUAAAAAUAUUAUGAACAAGAUGGCGUGUCACACCCAAAAAUAAGUUAAUAAAACUGGCAGCAUUUUGUUUACAGUCAAACAAUUUUGAGUUCAACCAAUAAAUCAAGUCACAAAUCAUCUGACCAAUCUAAUUCAAAAUAAGAGCUUUGUGGCAAAAGUGGGGUGUUAUUUGUCUAGCUGUUUUUUAGCACUGACACUCCAUCCAGUUUAUAUUGAAAUAUCGUUGUUUUUUAAGGUCUAGAUACUGAGUCUGUGUUUCAAAAUGCUUGGAAUAAAGGUUAUGCCUGGGAUACAAAUCUUGCUGAUACUCUUUUAGUAAUAUAGAAACGAAUAAGUUUUGUGAUUAAGUA